AUGUCCACCAUGGAACUAGGUGAGCCGUUGAAAGGAGCGACGGCGCCAUCACCAAGAGAUAAGACGAGACAUGAGCUUGAUAGUGAAAAGAAAAAGAUGAUAAUGGAAUGGAUGGAACGAACUGGAAAUGCUCCUACGGCAGUUGCACCAUCUGAGCAGCCGAUCGUGACUCGAUCAAUGAAGGAUGACGAGGAGGCAUUGAUGAGUUAUGCGCAAACACCGUCCAAGGAAUUGAUCUCGAUGAAUGAGCAAUUUGCGGAUAACACGUGGAAUUGUGAUGGUGCUGCUGGUGAUGAUCGGCUUUCAGCCGGAAUGGGUGCUGGCGAGGGAGGGGAGUCGAUGUUGGAUGGUGACGGUAUUGAAGUUGACGAUGAUGACUUGGAAAGGGCGAUGGCUGCAAGUGUGAGCUCGAUUCGCUCGCAUGAAAUUCUCUCUCGACUCAAUGAUGAU